AUGUCGAUUUCAAACACAAGCGAGGAGAAAAACUGUUUGCAAUUUGAUCAUGGAGAUAGCUUGAAUUGCUUAGUUUGCCAAGAUGGAUUCUUUAUCAAAUAAAAUAAAUAUUAUAUCGAUUACUCAAAAAAGUACUAUGAUGGCUGUUAAGAAUGUAUAAUUAAAUUUAAAUAAAAUCUCAUAGACAAAGGAUUAGGAACAUGCUUAGUUCCUGCUAAUGAGUAGGAAUGCAGUAUAUGCGCAGAUGGAUUCUCAUUGAUUAGUGAUAAUCUAAAGCAAUGCUUUGAGGAUGGUACAUGUGUCACUACUUGUGGGGUAGGAUAUUAUGGAAAGAAAGUAUUUGAUGAAAGAGGGUUAUAAACAAAUAAAACAUUUGGCCAAUGCUUAGCAAAGAUAGAUCUAGAUUUUGAAGGGAAAAUCUAUGUUGAUCCUUAUUUUUCAUUUCCAAUCCCUUCUAAUGAGGAAAUAGAAUCCUAUUAAAAUACCUAUAGAACAAUUUAAGAAGCUGUGACAAAAGGUUAUGAGUUGGGAGCAAAGUAUCUUAAUGCUAAAAUUUAUAUAGAACUAAAAGCAGGUGAAAAUUAGCAUCAUGCCAUGCUAAGACAAAUCACAGAUUCUUAGCUCCCUAAACAUUAUGACCACUAUUAGUAGUCUACUAGGAUUGUAAUAGAUACUGAAGAUAAAUAGCCACAAUUGGUAUUAUAUAAAAUGAGAGAUAAAUGGAGAUUUAAUGUAAAAGGAGGACUGACCAUAAGAAAUUUAGUAUUUGAUGCCGUAGAUUCAACAAUAAUUCCUACUAGAGAUAAAUAUCAUUGUCUUGAAAACGGACUAUCAAAUUGCUGCGAAAGUACUAGUUGUAAUGGCUAGGAAGAAGUCCUAACCUUAAAUUGUGAAGUUCCAAAUUUUGGUACUUUUAUAAAUUUUGACUCCGAUAAGUCCUUCUCAUUAGAAAGGCCUUAGACUCUAAUAAUUUAAAGUAUUGGUUCAUUAAAGAAAACUAUUAGCUAGUUAUUUGUUAACUCGACUUAUUAAUCAAAACUUUAUGGAAGUAUUUUAGAUCUUGAGGACUUUAGAGGGGAAGUAAAAAUAAUGGCUAAUAAAUAUCCUAGUCUUGGUAAUAAAAGUGAGGUAAAGAUACACUCUUUGAUAUCAAUAACCAAUCAUAGCCAUAAUGUAGAAUUAAUAGACAAUAUCUUUGAGGAGAAUAGUGGAACAAGGGGAAUUAUAGACUUAGAUAUUAAUAGGAAGAAUAACAAUAAAAUUCUGAUUGCUCUUAACUAGUUCAAGCAUAACUUUGGCUUUUCAGAGUCAACAGUUAUUUAUAUUAAUCAUAGAGUUGGCAUACUUUAUUAGGUAGACUUGCUAAUGUAAAAUUAAAUUUAAGAUGGAUUUUGUUCUGGAUUCCAUUUAAUACAAAACAAUUUUUUGUCAAAUCUAGGUUGUCCAUUAUAUUCUGGAGGACUUAUCAGAUAUCAAUGCCUCGAAAAUAAUUAGGAUCCUAUAAAUAUAAAUGAAUCUUAUCCUCUGAGCAUGCCGAAUAUUAAUUUGAAUCUGAUUGAAUUUGAUUGGAUUGAAAAAUAAAACUAAACAUUAAUUUAUGAAGAAAUUUCUCUAGAAUAUGACCUUAAUAUGAAUUCACUACAGUCAAACAUUUACUAUGGUAACUAUGGCACUGGGGGAAAAGGCUUAAUUAGUAUUUAUGGAAGCUUAAGGCUUUAGUUAGAUAAUGAAGUUUUUAAUAAAAAUGGAGAGUCUUGUAAUGAAGUUCAUCUUAUCUAGAAAUUGAAUAGAUUACUGUACAACAAAAUUGGAUGA